AUGCAGCGUUACAUUCCAUCAUCACCACCACCAGCAGCCAACAACUUGUACCGCAAAAUCUUGAAAACCCAACAACAAUUCAUCACAAUCAAUAACCGACCACCACCGUGUGACGUCUUCAUUAACCACCGCGGGAUCGAUACCAAGAGGACCAUUGCGGGGCUACUCUACCAUCACUUGCAGCGGCUUAGGCUAAACCCAUUUUUGGACAGCAAGAAUAUGAAGCCAGGAGACAACUUGUUCCACAAAAUCGAUUCGGCUAUUGGAAGAUCUAAGCUUGGUGUUGCUGUGUUUUCGCCCAGAUAUUGUGACUCCUACUUUUGUCUCCAUGAGUUGGCCUUGAUUAUGGAGAGUAAGAAGAAAGUUAUACCCAUAUUUUGUGAUGUCAAGCCGUCGGAAUUGAGAGUUGUCGACAAUGGGAGCUGUGAAGCUAAGGAGAUUCAGAGAUUCAAAUGGGCUCUUGAGGAGGCUAAGUACACGGUCGGACUCACAUUUGAUUCCCAAAGAGGGGAUUGGUCGGAGUUCUUAACGGAGGCGACCGAUGCGGUGAUAAAGAACUUGUUGGAGGUGGAAGGGGAAGGAGAAGGAGGAAGAAGGAUUCGUAAAUAUGUUGUGCAAGGAUUACUAAAAUGAAGACCCAAAAUCAUGGUUUGAAGA